AUGAUGAGGAUGAGGGUUUCGGUUGUUUUAAGUGUUGUGUUGUUGAUCCAGUUUUGGGGUGGCGAAGCUGCGACAUUUUCGGUUGAUGGAAAGGUUUUGAUUUUGGACGAGUCCAACAUCGACUCCGCCAUAGCCACCUUCGAUCACAUCUUGGUUGACUUUUACGCUCCCUGGUGUGGCCACUGCAAGCGUCUAGCUCCCGAGUUAGAUGCAGCUGCGCCUGUGCUUGCAGCCUUGAACAAACCUAUAAUCAUUGCAAAAGUAGAUGCGGACAAGCAUACCCGCCUGGCAAAAAAAUAUGAUGUUGAUGCAUAUCCAACCAUUUUGCUGUUUAAUCAUGGCAUCCCCACAGAAUACCGUGGACCAAGGAAGGCAGAUUUACUUGUUCGAUAUCUGAAGAAAUUUGCUGCUUCUGAUGUUACCAUUCUGGAUUCAGACUCUGCUGUGAAUACAUUCGUUGAAGAAGCUGGCACUUUUUUCCCAAUUUUUAUAGGAUUUGGUUUGAACAAAACGCUAAUAGAAAAGUUUGGCAUAAAGUACAAGAAAAAUGCAUGGUUUUCUGUGGCAAAGGAUUUUUCAGAGGAUCUCAUGGUAUUGUAUGAUUUUGAUAAGAUUCCUGCAUUGGUUUCCCUGAAUCCGCAGUACAAUGAGCGGAACACAUUCUAUGGACCCUUUGAAGAUGAAUUUUUGGAAGAUUUUGUUAGACAAAACCUGAUUCCUCUGGUUGUACCUGUAUCCUACGAAACACUUAAGUUGGUGAAAGCAGAUGGUAGGAAAAUAGUUUUGACAAUUGUUGAGGAUGAAGAUGAAGAAAGAUCAAAAGAACUGACUAAGUUAUUAAAGGCUGCUGCAUCCGCAAAUCGUGACUUAGUAUUUGGUUAUGUUGGAGUUAAACAGAUGGAAGAAUUUGCUGAACAAUUUGAUAUUGAUACUAAACUACCAAAAAUGGUCGUUUGGGAUAAAAAUGAUGAUUACCUUUCUGUCGUUGAUUCAGAAAGCAUUGAGGGGGAGGAUCAGGCAACUCAAAUCUCUAAAUUUCUUGAAGGAUACAGGGAAGGAAGAACCAUAAAGAAAACAUUUAGUGGACCUUCACUGAUGCGAUAUAUCCAUCGUUCUUUUGACAUCAGAAUGGUGUAUAUCAUUGUUUUUGUUGUGGCAGUACUGAUACUUAUUCAGACCUUCAGCAAAGGAGGUGAUGACUACCACCCUGUACCGAAUCAAGUUCAAGCUGAUCAUGCAAGCAGUUCUGUUUCCGAAGCUGAAAGCAAAGAGUAUAAACCAGGUGACAAGGACGACUAA